CAGCAAGCAAUUUUUUUAAAACCUCCCGUCUUCCCGUCCACCUUCCCCUCCUCUAAUCCCCACGAACUCUCUAUAGCAGCACCUUUCUGCUGUGACUUUUCGGGGCCCUUGGUUCCGCCUGUCUGUUUCUAUUUCCCAUAAACUCCUUAAUCCACACAAUGCAGCGCGCACUAAGCAGCAGGACGCGGGCUUCGGUCCUGUCGUCGGCCGCAAAAUACCGCCACACUGGCCUCUCCCAGCAGGUCCGGUUUGCGCACAAGGAGCUCAAGUUCGGUGUCGACGCCCGUGCAUCCCUCCUCGCCGGUGUCGACACUCUUGCCAAGGCCGUCUCGACCACGCUGGGCCCCAAGGGCCGCAACGUCCUGAUCGAGUCUAGCUACGGCUCUCCCAAGAUCACCAAAGAUGGUGUUACUGUCGCAAAGGCAAUCACCCUGAAGGACAAGUUCGAGAACCUGGGCGCGAAGCUCCUGCAGGAUGUCGCCUCCAAGACGAACGAGGUGGCCGGUGACGGCACCACCUCGGCCACCGUCCUGGCCCGCGCCAUCUUCUCCGAGACGGUCAAGAACGUCGCAGCCGGCUGCAACCCCAUGGACCUGCGCCGUGGCAUCCAGGCCGCCGUCGACGCCGUCAUCCAGUUCCUCCACCAGCACAAGCGCGAUAUCACGAGCGCCGAGGAGGUCGCCCAGGUCGCCACCAUCAGCGCCAACGGCGACGUCCACGUCGGCAAGAUGAUUGCCAGCGCCAUGGAGAAGGUCGGCAAGGAGGGUGUCAUCACUGUCAAGGAGGGCAAGACCAUGAACGACGAGCUCGAGGUCACCGAGGGCAUGCGGUUCGACCGCGGCUUCGUGUCCCCCUACUUCAUCACCGACCCCAAGGCCCAAAAGGUCGAAUUCGAGAAGCCGCUCCUGCUGCUGUCCGAAAAGAAGAUCUCCGCCGUCCAGGACAUCAUCCCCGCCCUCGAGAUCUCGACCCAGCUCCGCAGGCCACUGGUUAUCGUCGCCGAGGACAUUGAAGGCGAGGCCCUUGCCGUCUGUAUCCUGAACAAGCUCCGUGGCCAGCUCCAGGUCGCUGCCGUCAAGGCUCCCGGCUUCGGUGACAACCGCAAGUCGAUCCUGGGAGAUAUCGCCGUGCUGACCAACGGCACCGUCUUCACCGACGAGCUCGAUGUCAAGCUCGAGAAGGCCACCGUCGACCUGCUCGGUUCCACCGGCUCCAUCACCAUCACCAAGGAGGACACCAUUGUUCUCAACGGCGAGGGCAGCAAGGACGCCAUUGCGCAGAGGUGUGAGCAGAUUCGCGGCGUCAUGGCCGACCCCACCACCUCCGAGUACGAGAAGGAGAAGCUGCAGGAACGCCUCGCCAAGCUGUCGGGUGGCGUCGCCGUCAUCAAGGUUGGCGGCUCGUCCGAGGUCGAGGUUGGCGAGAAGAAGGACCGGUUCGUUGAUGCCCUCAACGCCACCCGCGCUGCCGUCGAGGAGGGCAUUCUGCCCGGCGGUGGCACUGCCCUGCUGAAGGCGGCCAGCCAGGCCCUAGGCGACGUCAAGUCUGCCAACUUCGACCAGCAGCUCGGUGUUAGCAUCAUUAAGAACGCCAUCACCAGGCCGGCACGGACCAUUGUCGAGAACGCUGGUCUCGAGGGCUCCGUGAUCGUCGGCAAACUCAUGGAUGAGUUUGGCACCGACUUCCACAAGGGCUACGACGCCGCCAAGGGCGAGUACGUGGACAUGAUCGAGGCUGGCAUCGUCGACCCGCUCAAGGUUGUCCGGACCGGUCUUCUCGAUGCCAGCGGUGUCGCAUCGCUGCUCGGCACGACCGAGGUCGCCAUUGUUGAGGCUCCCGAGGAGAAGGGCCCCGCCAUGGGUGGUGGCAUGGGCGGUAUGGGCGGCAUGGGUGGCAUGGGCGGCAUGAUGUAAAGCGCGCACGGCCACCGACUCUACGGUGGGCUGACUGACCGACUGACACACAACAGCAGCGGCGGCGGCGGGACGACCAGCCCGCGCACUCUUUGUAUUAACACGACGAUCUCGGGACGCGGCUACGUGAAGGCAUGCAUGUAUAUGGGAGGUAACCCGGUGUUCAGAGUUGACGGAUUCUCAUUUUCGGCCAUUUCCUGCGCGACUUCAUCUCCCCUCUAUUUCACCUUUUCACGUCUUGCCAUGACCCCUGUUACUUAUAUCCACUCGCCAGCAAGGGGCGCGGUUCUGCCUGACCAGAGCUUCCGGCUGGUGAUUUUGUACCAUAGCCGUGUCGUGCGGAUUAAAACAAAAAGAAGAAAACAGGCAGAAACCAAAAGAGAUACCUUAACGUUUGCAUAUCCCGUUAUUCAUCCGUUCACCCAUGGCCGAUUGGAUGGCUUAGCUUGUUGAUUGGAUCGGUGAAACGCCGUUGCUUCUCACGCC